AUGUUCCCCCUCAUUCUCCAUUAUAUACAAACAUUAGAAGCCGGAGUUCAGCUAGAUUUGGAUUUUUGCAAGUCGAGAGCAAGAGAUAUGUGGAGAGAAAUGUUUGAGAUAAAAACUAAUGGACGUUCAGAAGCUGCUUCUCGACUUGCUAAUCUUGUAAUGCAUCGACGACAAAUUGAAAAACGAGAUACUAUUGCCGAGUUUUGGGCUCGUCGUUUGCAUGAUAUGCAAUUUAGAGACGAUCCUGUAGAUUCUUCUGGAACGAUUGGUGUUGGUUCUAGUAAUGUUAGAAGGGCGGUAAAUGGAGGAAAUGAAAGUCAAAUAAAGACAACAACAAAUAAUAAUAAUGUUCAGUCAACAACGGUUGAAGGCUUUAAAAAAGUGGAAGAAGGGUACGAAGAACAACCAGCAGAAGAAAAACCAAGGCAUAAACCUCUUUCAAUGGCAAGAGAUCACCCUCAAACUUAUGCUCAAAAUGAUUAUAAUCGCACUUGUCAACGUGGACCACCUGGAAGGCCUGGCCCUCCAGGUAGAGAUGGUCUAAGAGGAUUAGAUGGAGAACCCGGACAGAUCGGCCCUCCAGGUCCUCCGGCGCCACCUGGGCCUGAUCAGUCCCAGCUCUUUCCUCCACAAUGUCCUUGCGAGGCUCCACCAGGAGAGCCCGGGCCAAAAGGACCGCCUGGAGCUGAUGGACCGGCAGGACCGCCGGGAGAGCCAGGCGAAGAUGGAAAACCGGGUGAUCAAGGACCGCGAGGCCCGCCUGGACUUGCGGGACAACCUGGCCAGCCAGGAAGGCCUGGUCCACCAGGAGAGCCUGGGCAAUAUAGAACAGAGAUUGGACCUCCUGGCCGUCCCGGUGCCAAUGGUCGGCCUGGUCCUCCUGGACCUCCAGGCGCCCCAGGCAAACCAGGAAAUGAUGGAUUACCUGGAAAACCCGGCCCACCCGGACCUCCAGGUUCACCAGGAGUGCCUGGUUCAAGUGGAAAGAUUGGUUCAAAUGGACGUCCCGGAGCACCUGGAGCCCCAGGUUCAUGUGACCAUUGCCCUCCGGCGAGAUUGGCACCAGGAUAUUAA